AUGGCGCUGCUACAACAUGGAAAUCAAAAGGUCAGAUUUCUGGCAGCCCCUGCAGCUGCGAGUGAUCGACUUUGUCCAUACGUCGAUUACAUCGCUAGAAAAGAACACAUUUAUCAGUUCGCCGGCUUGGAAGUGGAUUUCUUUGGAAGCGGAAGUGGAUUUCUUUUUCUUUGGAAGCAAAUUUGGGAAAGAUUAUGCCCGUAUUCAGUAAACCGAUGCGGGAGUAUCUGGAAAGAUUACACUGUGGCUGUGAAUACGCAUGGUUCCGAAAAUGGUGGAGCAACAGAAAAUUUUCACAAAAGACUGCCCAAGGAGACGUGUAUCAGAUCGGAGAUUUCUCACGGGCCAACGAUAAACGCGAUAAAACCGAAAUGUAUCUUCCCGUUGACUGCGCAGUUGACCCCUUUCCAAGGAGUGUUGCUUCUAUCGAUUUCAGCCAGGAAAGCUUUACGGUUAACGAAGAUAAAUCCAAACAAUUUGCGCACCGGCUGUGCCACUGACAGCGGAGGUUCCGAGGACUCGUAUCCCGAAUUCUCCACGGAACCACUGGGUCCAGAAGAAACAGCGGUGUUGUUUUCAGCUGGAUGUGGCUACCGUUUCUUCAUUGGUGCCCCGUAUAAGGUCUACGAUUUUGUGGACACUUGCAUGAAGAAGACAAACUUUAGCGACCCUCGUGUGGACAGAGUGCGCCAAGUCUCCCUAUCCAUUGCGGAAAUUACCGCCGCGACAUUAUACAUCGCACCUUAUGGAAAUCGCACAUCGUUGACCUUUAACGAUCUUGCCCCCAUACGCAGGCAGGUAAUCCGGUUCAGGGUAUCAGUUUGCAGCGGCUCUCGACCAACCAAAGCCCUCGCGUUACUUCGCUUGACGAACCUGUUAGAGUACGUGAUAGAAAGAUGCAAUGACUUGGACGUGAAAAAGAAUGAUUUCCAGCAUUCCUUGAAAUUGCGUGUGAUUUUGUUCUCGGGUGUGACCAUCCGCACGCUGGAGACGGAUACGUUUACCAAUUUACCGGCGCUUAAGGUGCUGUCGCUGGAGCGCAGUACGAAUGAGUACGACGCGUUCACUGAACAGCAACGGGAUUACUUAUUUAGUGAGAAUACACUGUAGCUGUGAAUGGGCGUGGUAUCGGCAUUGGUGGACGAACAAUGCGUCGCUGCUGCGGGAAGUGAAUUCUGGUGGCGCCUGGGCCUUUUAUGGUUCGCUCGGUAAUAUACGCUGCCGUCGAAUGGACAUCUAUACGAGGAGGAGCUACCUUGGCCCGAUCAAAGGCGCGAACACGACCAUAAUCCGAUCACUGUGCCCGCAUGUGUGUACAACGCCCAACCACCCAGGUUGGCAGUAAACUGAAUCACUGUGCCUGCACAUACGCAAAACGGCCAACCACCCACAUCGGCACCAACUUUGACACAUCGCUAUGGCCGCCAUUUUUAAAAAAACGAAAAAUUCAUUUUGUUAUUAAGCCAUAUUUGUUAUUAUAAUAUAUUAAACGAAAAACCCAUUUAUUAAAAAAUACGAAAUUUUUGCUAAAAUUUAUUAAUAACUUUGCUGCCGUGGCUGGGUGAACUGCCAUGUUUCACGCGCGGGCGGGCAAGUGGUUAACGUCGCUGCCAACCUGGUGGUUUGGCGUUGUGCAUACACGCGGGCACAGUGAUCGGAUUAUGGUCAUGUUUGCGCCUUUGAUCGGGCCAAGGUAGCCGCUCCUCCUCGUAUGCCAAUUGAUUGCGCCGUUGCCAUUCCCGAAGCAGAGAAAUAUGUUAACCAAAGCCAAAUCGAAUACUCAGUGAACGUGCAAACUUGUUCAAAUUAAUGCAGCAAUUUGCAAAGGCCAGCGUAAAAUAGUGGACCAAAGCCGAUCUCUGGUAUUCGCUACCGAAUCGUCAGAAAUUCCACGGUGAAUAAAUUCCGUUGCCUGUUUGUGCAUUUAAACAUUUGAUAGUAAC